AUGAGUUGGUUUAAACGUAACAGAGGUAGUAACAGCUCAAACGAGCCAUCACCAUCCAAAGAUAGAAGCAACACAGAUCCAGAUACCUGUUUAGAUGUGUUCCGUAGUCAUUGGCAACAAGCGUCUGCCAUAAUUAAUAAUAAGAGCCGUAAUAAAGAUGACUUUUCAAGUGAUGAGGUAGAAAUAGUCAUUCAUAACAUCGGUCAGAUGGUCACUCUGCUGGUCAGCGAGGAUGGAGAAGAAGGAAUGCCUGGUCCUAUUUUAAAUUUUUUCCUGGAAAAAGAUAUUUUAGAACUCUUCUGUUCAUGGUGUUCACGUUCGAAAGAACAUGCCGUAAAAUUAAAACACGAACAGUUAAGAAUGUUUGAAAUGUUAAUUAGCCAAUCAAAACAGUUGUUAUUAAUACACAAGUCAGUGAUUCGUCCAUUAGUAAAAUUAUUAUCAGCCUGUACAGACGGCAACCUUCAAUCAUCGGAAACGUAUGAUAUCGAACAUCGUUUGGUUUUAGUUCUACAUCAAGCAUGUGUGUGUAUUUCACAACAGUUUUUAAUUUUAGAAAGUUUUUUCUGUACUAACACAGACCAUGGUCCGACGAGAUUUCUCUUAUUCUCCCUCCUUAUACCCUACAUACAUCGAGAAGGUCCAGUUGGUCAACAUGCCAGAGAUGCCUUAUUGUUAAUUAUGACAAUGUCCACUAAACAUCCUCAUAUAGGACAAUAUAUAGCAAGCAACUCUGAUUUCUGUCCUGUGCUAGCUGCUGGUUUAAGUGGAUUAUAUUCAUCAUUACCAAGAAAGAUACCCAACCCUUCUGAAAAUUGGUAUAUGUUAACUAAUGAUGAUUGUUUAGCUAUACCAGAGUUACAGAUGUUUUUAAAUUCACUAGAAUUCUGUAAUGCUGUUGUCCAGAUUGCCCAUCCAAUGGUGAAAGAACAACUGACAAAAUAUAUUUAUGAUGGAUUUUUACUGCCUGUUUUAGGUCCUGCACUACAUCAGAAUUCCCGAGAUGAAGUUACAACAGCUACUGCCUAUUUAGAUCUAUUUUUACGAAGAUUAACAGAACCAGCUUUAAUUCGUGUAUUUUUACUCUUUAUAUUGACUGAGAGAAACGAUGAAAUUAUUAUAUUAGAUUCUUUAAUAACACGAAUUAACUCUAGCUCUAGGUUAUCAUUGGUAUCACUAGCUCUAUUUAAAACAUUGGUAGAAUUACACUGUGAAGAUGUUAUGUUUCAACUUGUUUUCAAAUAUUUGAUUCCCUGUACUCAUGUAAUGGUGAGUCAAAGAAGAGCUGUAAAAGAUUUAGAUAUGUAUAGUAAAAGUGCUGAAAGAUUUCUAUCAUUACGGCCAUCUUGUUGCCUAGCUCAGUCACCAGAGGAACCAAGAGCAGUAAGUCCUCAGAUUAUAAACAGCACACCAUAUGAGAUGAUUGAGGUAUCAACUAACAACUUCAACCCAGAAACUACUAGUACACCAAGUGGUAAUAGGUUAAAGGAUAUAUCAAGCUAUGUUGAAAUUACCAUAUCAGGUGACAAUAAAUCAACCAAUGAUAUUACAAAGAUUCAACCCAAGUCUGCUGUACCUAAUCGUGCUAUGAGUCCAGUGAUGGAUGGAACUCUGUCACCAUUUAAUUUUAAUAAAACUAGUCCAUUUUUGUCAGCCUUAUUUUGUAAGCUGGAAGGAAUGAUGCAAAAUACAUUAUACUCUAAUUUAUUAUUAACUGGUAUUUUAUCACAGCUAGCUGCCUAUCCUCAACCAUUAUUACGAUCUUUCUUACUCAAUCAUAAUCUAGUCUUCCAACCUACUUUUAAAUCUCUAGUUCAGGUGCUGUCAUCAGUACGUCACAAAGUAGAUACUUACUCUUACGCUGUUCAUAAUUUUAGUCAGUUGUUAAUGAAAGCGAGAAAGAAUUUGUAUAAUCGUGAAGAUUCUAUCUUAAAUAGAAGUGAACGUUCAUUCUCAACCCCUGUUCCAGUUAAUUCCAGCCCUGUUCAGACUAUACAAACUAGAAGAAUGACAUUUACAGAUUUGUUAUUCCGUAAAAACUCUCCUAAGAGGCCUUCAACUUUAGCAUCGACGAAAAAAGGUUCCCAAUUACAGCGGGUUCCUCUAAGAGGUGGCGUGGGCUACAGAUAUAUUAACAGUAAACAAACAGAAUCUCUCGAUAGUCCAGAAGGUACCUUGAAAACCUGGAAUGCUGUGUACUGUGCCAUCGUUUUGGAGGAAUUCUUGAAAGAACUCGCAGCCUUAGCCCAAGAACAUGCAGUGUUACAUUUUGAGGACAGUUUUAAUAGUCGUCACUGA